AUGUCUUCUUCUUCUGUGCUGAAUAAGCAAACUACUUCUCUUAUAUCUGAUCCCUCCAUGCACCAAAAUAGUAUGGUUGCUACUUCAAGGAAAACGUCAGGUUCUUCUUCAAGUGUGUUGGAACAUGUGGAGAUGGAAGGAGGAAUGGAGAAGAGGGCUUCAUGGAACUCUUUCUUCACUCCUAAGAAGUCCAAUGUGAAGUUGGAAUUUUUUGAACCUAAAGGGAAAGACUCUAAGGGGCGGAUUUGUGUGGCCCCCCCUCAAGAAGUUGCUGAACAAGGUGCAUUGAGAUGGAAUACAUGUGCUGUAGGCUUCUUCCUUGGCAAAAGACCACCAUUCUUGACGGUCAAAAGAGCUUUGGAGAGGGUGUGGAAAGCUUUAGGCCUCAUAGAUGUCAUGACUUCGGGCCAAGGUGUUUUCAUCCUAAAGUUCCAAGAUAUGGAGGGAACUACAAGAGCUGUGGAAGAGGGGCAGAUUACCAUACAAGGACAACCAUUUCUUGUGCGAAAAUGGACUACUAAUCUGCCUAUGGUGAUUAAUGACGUGAAGAAGGUAGCUAUAUGGAUUAGAAUGUAUGGCAUUCCCCUUGAGUUUUGGACACCGAAAGGGCUUAGUUACAUUGCUAGUGCAAUAGGAAGUCCGCUUUACAUGGACUCCGUGACUGAAGAAGGGACAAGAUUGGAGUAUGCUAGAGUUUGCAUUGAGAUAGAGGUGGACUCGGGAUGUCCCGAUUCCAUUAGCCUAGCUUUGCCAAAUGGAGAAUUGAUGGUAAUCAAGGUGGAGUAUGCUUGGAAACCUAUAAAAUGCAAUGGUUGUCAAUGCUUUGGUCAUUCCAUAGCAAAUUGCUCACUAGCACCCAAACAAGGUAAUAACAUAAUCUCACGGAAUACCUUGAAGGAGGGGGAUGGGUUUGUGGUACCGAAGAAAAUGCAUGGGAAAGACAAAAUGGUGCUAACACCAAAAGGCUAUGACAAGAAAUCCAAGGACAAAGGGGUGGAAAUGGGGAAAACUACGGGAAUUAGUUUACAAGCUCAAAAGAGUAAUAGAUUUUCUGCCUUGACUAUUAAGGAGCCUCAUGAGCUGGAAAAGGAGAAGACAAUGCCGAAUCAAGAAGUAAACUAUGAGGCCAACGUAAAUGAAGCCAAAAAGGAAGGAAAGAGGUGCGGAGGCGAAGCUAGCACAUCAAAAGAACAUUUUCCCCCCUUGGUGGAAAGUGUGAGUGCUCGGGAGAGUGAAGAAGGGGCCACAAACACAAUUCAGCAUCUGAGUAGUUUGGAGGACAUGGAUCAAGAAGCAUCUCCGGUAAUGGCACCAUUUGGAGGGAAACUUAAAGUGGAUGAGAUGGAUUUUAGGAAGUAG